GCUCGGGAAGGAGAAAAGCAGACGCUGAAUAAAUCGGCGGUACAUGGCACGCAAACUCCGGGCAGGCUGGCUGGGAGGCGGGAGCUGCAGAGAACGUGGAAUGUUCACAACAAUCCCCAGGGAUCUCACGCCGUUUCUUCCACCCUCAUUCCCAGCCUAGUGUCGGCAGGUGGAUGGCGAUUCGGUUGCCGGGUCGGAAGAUGUAAUCCGGAGAGAGCCGAAGGAGUUAUCGGGGAGGAGAAGGACUCUUGGAGCAAGAGUCAACAGACUGCUGCUAAAUGUGACUUUUGAUCGCGGGCAGGCGAGUUACAGAGACGGGCAUCUUGCUGCGAUGACAGAUUAAAGGGCGAGCGAUCGCAUUUAGAGUUUUGCAGGGUUCUUGCCGAGCAUCGCUGGGAUGUGCAGAGCAAACCAUCACCAAUGGCGUGUGCGGAAUGUUACCACCCACUAGAAGUGAGUGACCAAGACCUAGAACUCAGCGGCCUCGGCUCCCGGCCUCAGCUGGCGGCGAACGGCGCUCCCUGCAAGCGCCAGCUUUCAGCACCGAGGAUAGCGCCGCCUGCUCCGGAUCAAGUGCAGGAGACUUCCUUCACUUCUCACCCCGAGCCGUCUGGUCUGCCCACCGUCCACGGGAGCCGGGCUGAGGUCGUGAAUUCCCAUUGCAACCGGGACAGACCCCAGGAAACGUCACCUCGCUCCGAGGAGGAGCCUGAACCCGAGGCGAAUGGCCAGUCGGUUGACUAUGGGUUCAUGGUGGCGCUGGUAUUUCUGGUGGCCGGCAUCUCCUUGGUCGUUGUAGCCUAUGCCAUCCCGAGAGAGUCCAGGGUGGAUCCGGACACGGUGACGGCCCGGGAGAUGGAGAGGCUGGAGUUACACUACGCUCUCUUGGGCUCGCAUCUGGACAAGUGCAUCAUCGCCGGCCUGGGUCUGCUGACUUUGGGAGGCAUGCUGCUCUCCUUGUUGCUCAUGGUCUCCAUCUGCAAGGGUGACCUAUACGCCAGGAGGAACUUCAUGGUGACUGGCAGGGCCAGGAAGACCUACGGCUCCAUCAAUCUGAGAAUGAAGCCGUUGGACGGAGAAGGGCAUCAGUCCCUGGUGGAGUCGGAGGUGGUACAGAUAUGUGAGAAUCUCGGCCAGACCGGCUCUUGAGGGAAUACUGCCGCUCCCUCAACUCUUCGCCCCGUUCCUCCAACCGCGAGAGUUCCCUUAUGAAAAGAGUAUUUAAAUGCAUGUAUUUAUUAUACAUUUUCUUUUGGUGAGGAAAUGCCACAGGACAUACUCGGAACCGACCCUGUAAACCUCGUGGCAACUCAGCUGGACCAUAGACGCCAUCUCAAUCCCAAGGAUUCAAACUUUGGUCAGGGGGAGAUUGGGGUUAAAUUCGUGUUACCGCCAUAGAAUUUAAGGAGGACGGCAGAUGGGGAGGGAGUGGGAGUCGGAUAGGUCGCCACCCUUUAAAUUUGAGUCAUUAUGUGCAGUUGUCAAUAGGUCUGCUGUCUAAAUAAUGUGGUACAUUGAUUGCCACAUAUUGCAUCAUCUGUUGGGUCCCACACAUAUUCACCGAAUUGUUAGCGCACAAGAGGCAGUAAGAUUGAGCCAACAAUGUCUAAAGACAGUUACCAGGAAUAUUUGGUCCUACACUAGUUUGAACCCAUACAUAUUGAUCUCCAGAUCCUUGGAGCACAUGCAGAUCACACUUCGCACAUUCAAUUCCAGGUAAAUAAGUUAAUGUUCAUAUGUUAUAGGAGCAGAAGUAGGCCAUUUGGCCAUUAAGUGUAGUCCCGUCCGUCAUUCAAUCAUGGUUGAUCUAUCUUUCUUUCUCAAACCCAUUCUCCUGC